UGCGAGAAAGCAGAGGCAGUUGUUGCUGCGGUCCACGAUAAGAGGCUGGAGAGUUUAAAAGGAAAAUGGCAGAACAACCAGAUUCAACUGCAAUUUCUUGUGCAAAAGCUCUCUCGUCUUUUGUCGAAAAAGGGAAAGCUCUGCUGGACCUCGCUGAGAAGGAGAGCAGGGAAGGCUUGUGCCAAGAAUUCGUCAGGCAGAAAAUCCGCAUACAGCGUAAACAGUCACUGCUGGGUCUGAUUGAAGCCGGUGCAACUCUGUACAACAGCCUGUCUGUUAAACGAAAAAAGGAUGCAGAGGAUCUCUGGAGCAAAAAUACAAACUGUGCUGCUUUGAGAGAAGCUCUUCAGGACUUUAAAGAGCUAGAAGUGCAGUGGGAUGCCUUUCUACAGCGUUUGGAUGAUGAGUUACAACUGAGUCCUAAAAUACACAAUGAUGAUCAUCAAUCAAAAUGCAUUUCACCAGAUACGCCGCUCAUCGAUGCCAGAACUGGAGAAACAGUAACACUGCAGAAAUAUCUUGGGAGAGGUAAGAAGAUAUUGCUGGUGUUAAUCCGUCAGUUCUCCUGUCUGCUCUGCCGUCUACACAUUCAAGAUCUGCAGAAGAAUCAAAGUUCUCUGGAUGCACACUCAGUACAAGUGGUGGUCAUUUCGUUUGGCUGUCAGGAGGGAGCAUCACACUGGGUAAAGCAAACAGGCUGUCAGUACGACAUGCUGCUGGAUCCCAGUAGAAAGAUUUAUAGUGCAUUUGGCCUGGGAGCAUCUCUGAAGAAAGUGUUAAACUUCGGUAAUAUACUGAUCUACUCUGAAUAUGUAGCGAACGAUAUGGAGUUUCCACGAGAGCUUCCGUGGAUCCAAGACGACAUGUUUCAGGUCAUCAGAAUUCAAUAUGACUAUUUUGUGCAACACAUCUACAUAAUGAAUUCUAAGAGCUGGGAGGCAACUUUGUUUUGGACGAACAUGGAAGGGUGCUGUUCUCUCACCGCUGCCAGAGUCCAAUAGACCGACCCUCAGUAGAGGACAUUUUAUCUGCACAGUGAAUAUUAAAAUCCUUCAUGCACGGCACAACUUAAUUAAAGGAAAAAAGAAACAGAUGACGUCAGCUGAUUAAUUCUUUGUAUCAAGUUAAGAUAAGCGUGAUUAUUAAGCCAUCUUUGAAAUGAUAAUUUUGUGAGAACUGCUUUAAAAGUAUUACUUUUUUAUACAGUGCUGUGAAAAAGUAGAUUUCUUCGUUUUUUGCUUAUUUGUCAUAUGUAAAUCUUUCAGAUCAUGAAAAAAUGUCAGUAUUGGACAAAGAUAACCCAAAUAAAGAGCAAAGUGCAGUUUUAAA